AUGGCCGGCCGAUUCGUUCGCGCGUCGAAAUAUCGACACAUCUUUGGAAAGUCCACCAAGAAGGAGUUUUGCUACGAUAACCUCCGCGUCAGCCGCAAUGCUUGGGAUACCAACUUGGUAAAGGCCAACCCCGAAUAUCUUUCCGUCAAUUGGGAGUCUAGCGGCGGCGGCGCUUUCGCCGUCAUCCCCCUCAAUGAACGUGGAAAGCUGCCCGACCAAAUACCCCUCUUCCGUGGCCACACCGCUGCGGUGCUGGAUACCGACUGGAGCCCUCACAACGACCGUAUCAUCGCCUCGGCCUCCGACGACGGCAAGGUCUUCAUCUGGGAGGUGCCACAGGGCUUCAGCCUCUACACUGACGCUGAGGAGAUCACCGAUGUGGCCCCUGUGAGCAAGCUGACCGGCCAUUCGAGAAAGGUUGGCCAUGUCCUCUUCAACCCCGCCGCCGAAAACGUCCUCGCUUCCUCGUCCGGCGAUUAUACCAUCAAGCUAUGGGAUAUCACCACAGGCCAGGCGGGGCACACUCUCAAGCACUCCGACGUGGUCCAGAGUCUGUCGUGGAGCGCUAACGGUGCGAUGCUGGUGACCACCUCAAGAGACAAGAAACUUCGGGUUUGGGAUGUGCGCCAGGAGGCUCCAGUGCACGAAUACGGCGGCCAUGAGGGCGCCAAGACUAGCCGCGCCGUGUGGAUGGGCGAGCACAACCGUAUCGUUACCACUGGGUUUUCCAGGAUGAGUGAGCGUCAGAUCGGUCUUUGGGAGCCCGGUCGCAAAGAUCCCAUCGGCGGUUUCACGUCGCUGGACUCUAUCUCGGGUGUCUGCAUGCCGUUUUGGGACGAGGGAUCGAACUGCCUUUACCUUGGUGGCAAAGGCGACGGCAACAUCCGCUACUUCGAGUACGAGAACGACAAGUUCGAGUUCCUGUCCGAAUACAAAUCAGCCGAUCCCCAGCGCGGAAUCGCCUUCGUGCCGCGUAGGGGUAUCAACGUCCACGAGAACGAGGUCAUGCGCGCGUACAAGACCGUCAACGACACCUACAUUGAGCCCAUCUCAUUUACCGUCCCCCGCCGCGCCGAGACCUUCCAGUCCGACAUCUUCCCCCCAGCUACCGGGCUCAAGGCUGCUGUGUCUGCCAAAGAGUGGUUCGACGGCAAGACGGGCAUCCCGCCCAAGAUCGAUUUGGAAAGCAUCUACGAUGGCAACGCGCCGGUCGAGGUGCCUGCCGACUACAAGCCGCCCGCGGCCGUGACUGCUCCUGCUCCGGCGCCGGCACCAGUCGCGAAGAAGCCCGAGCCGACCCCUGCGCCAGCCCCCGUCCGUGCCUCGGCCACGCCGGCCGAUCAAAAGGCGUCCAUGUCGGCUGCGGCCAACAAGUUCCAGGAUAAUGAGGAAGAUGAGGUGAACGAUGACGCCGAGGCGUCUAGCUUUGACGAGAUUUCGCGCCCCACACCCCGCGCCACCAUUCCAACCCGGUCCUCCGUCCCAGCGGCUGCGCCAGCUCAAGCGAAACCCGUAUCGCCGGUCAAGCCACAGCAAGCGGCCGCGGCCGCUCCGAUUUCCCGCGCUGCUCCCGCAGCCUCUUCCACAACGUCCGCUUCGCCAUCGAACCCCGCGGUGGAGGCGUCGCUGGGCGAGAUUAAACAACUCCUCGAGAAGCAGGCCCAGGCCUUUGACGCACAAAGUGAGGUCAUUGCCGGCCAGACCCAGGUGAUCAACCGCCUGGCUGCAGAGGUUGAGAGCCUCAAGAAGAGGGUUGGGGCCGGUUCGCAGGACCAGAGCGAGCGGAUCCGACAGCUGGAGUUGGAGCUAGAGGAGGCUCGGUCGUAA